CUGAUAGUGCAUUUGUAUCAUUCAAUGAUCGAGUUACCUGAACUGGAGGACCAGCUCAUCCAACUACGUACUGAAUCUCAUGCAGAAUUCAAAAGCACUCGCGAUAAAACCUCCUCUAGGCGGAGAAGCCGCCGCAAACGUUCGAAGGGAUCCAAGCAACCGUCACCUGCUGGUAUAUCUAUCGGAAACAACGCCACUGCCUCAAGCGAGGAAACCAUUCAGCAAUCGAAUUUGAGACCACGAGGCUUUCAGAACUACAGGAAUUGUUGUUUCUUGAAUGUCUGCCUACAGACACUGUUACAUAUACCUUCAGUUGUUCGUCUUUUCCGGGAACUCUCAGCCAGCAAUGCCGUAAUUAAAUCCGGUUCUCUAUGCCAGCUUAUGUUGGAUUUAUUCAAACAGUUUAUACCGCUGCCGUCACCAGCGAUGGCGAAUAAACUCAACGCACCGGGUCAAUCAGGACGAGUGGAACUGCGAAACGAUGGGCCCACCACAGUGCGACGAUCAUCCAUAACCCGGUUUGAUUUGGGUCCGCCACUAGUGGCAGAUGAACAGUUCCUCCGUCUUUUGGACCUAAGCGGAGGAUCCCAGGAAGACGGAGCCGAAUGUCUCACCCGUAUGCUGUCACGCCUACAUGAAGAGCUCGCUGCAGUGGACCAAACCGGCUGCAGUCCAACGGUAAAUGGUAUUGAGGACGACUUUUCCGAUUGGAUCAUCACUGAUCGUUCUGGCAAACGGCGUCCAGAAGCCAGAAAGACUAUGCUUCAGGGUGGUCACAGUCGAAUAUCUGAAUUGUUUUCCGGAGUCUUGAUAGCGCGGUCCACUGUCAAGCACGGCAGAGUCCCCACACCUCGAAAACCAACCGGUGUGUCAGUCGAUGAACUCACGCGUCAAGCCACUUGUGUUGCAACCAAAGAACCCUUCUUCAUCCUACCUCUAGAAAUAAAUGACCCUAAGGUGACUGGGAUAGAUUCUUCUCUCAUUCGCUUGACCGAAGUUGAAUCGGUGUCCGACUAUCAAGAUGUCACCACGGGGUUAGCUUCUAAUGUGAACCGUCGCUUGGGGAUAGAUCGAAUUCCUCCUUAUUUGCUGCUCCAGCUAAAGCGGUUUUCUUAUACCUGUGGCUCUACAGGACUCCAUACUGGGAAUUCUACUAGCAGUUCGCAGUCAGGUUCAUGGACUAUCGGGAAAUCGCUCAAACUUAUCAAUGUCCCUCCGGAGCUUAUCAUUCCUGCAAAACUCUUGAAUCACGAAAUUUCGUUCACCAUGGACGAACGACGGUAUCGGCUUCGGGCUGUAAUUUUCCAUGUGGGUGAAACUGCAGCAUCUGGUCACUACACAGUAGCAGUCCGAUGGGAGGACGACUGCGUUGCGACAGCUGGUCACCCUAGCUCACCACUCAGUUUCCUGUAUCUUGAUGACAUUCGAGCAUGUGUUGUCACGGGUGUGGAGUCUGUCCGUUUACUGCUCUCUACUCAUCGUCCGUUGGAUGCGAACGCUUGCAUUUUUCACCCGUUGUCGAAAGAUAUGGCAAAAGAUAUCACGAAACAGCCAAGGACACCCUACGUUCUUGUUUAUGAAUCUGUUGCUUACUUGUUGAAUAACAACUGAAUAAACCUUUUGUACUGAUG